UUCACUGACCACAUGGGGGAUUAUGAAGAUGUUCUGGCUUCACUGGAAACCCUCAACCUCUCCAUUCUUAAGGCUAUGGAUUACACCAAGAGGGUAUAUGAAAGAGGAACUAAUGUGGACCAGUUUGUGACCCGCUUCCUGCUGAAGGAGACAGCCAAUCAGAUCCAGUCCUUGCUCAGCUCUGUGGAGAGUGCUGUGGAUGCUAUUGACGAACAAACCAGUCAGAUAAGACACUUGCACAGUAAAACUGGCCACAGUGUCAUGGACACCUGGUAUGACAACCCUGUGCCUAAUUAUGCCCCCAACAACAGAAUCAUGACCAAAGAGCGCAGAAAAAGUUUCCAAACUGCAUCUUCAGACACCAAGGAGGAAGGUUUGGAAGCUCAAAUCAACCGGUUAGCAGAGUUGAUUGGAAGACUGGAAAACAAGACUCUCUGGUUUGACCUGCAUCAACGACUGUCAGACAGCGAAAACACAGCCUGCUAUCUUCUUUUGGUACGAAAUGAGAUGACCGUUUCCCAGAAGCACAUGGGAGAGUUCUGCGGCUCGCUUAAGCAGUACUUGAAACAUGUGGCAGGAGAACAGGACUGCUUCCACGUAACUGCGGUGAGGCUGCCAGACGGAGUCACUUUCAUUGUCUACGAGUUCUGGGAGAGUGAGGAUGACUGGAAGCGGCACCUUCAGACUCCUGCUUGCAAAAGCUUCCAGCAUGUGAAGGUGGACACGCUGACUCAGCCAGAAGCAGUCUCCAGUGUGUCUGUGCCAGCUGCCUGGUGCACCCUCAACAGAGACUGACGCUGAGAAGACGGAAGAGGAAGAGGGAGGCUGUGUUCCCUUCUCCUCCCGCCCUGGAGUGCUCGGCGCUUGCCCCUCUUUUGCGGAGAACAACAACAACAAAAAUUCCUGUCUUUUCUAAUGACUUUGUUACAGGUGUCGUCUUUUUCAAUACAUUUCUACCCGGAAAUGUUAUUUGCUUGCUGUUUGAAGUGAAGGAAAAACAGAUCUCUCAAGGCCAAGAGCCUUCUGGCCUGCCAGACACACAAUUCAUCAGCCCAGAUUAACAAGAACAGCCAGUUCCUGACCGUGAAUCUGAAGGGCAACACCAAGCCAGUCGUUGCAAUGGGCAAAUAAAUUGCUGUAUA